GUUGGGCUGGAACGAGGAAGUGCAGUGGAGAGGGGAGGGACUCAGGGCGCAGCUCCAUGGGGCCGCCGCGGCGCUGCGACCUUCUGCACAUGGAGCCGGGGAGAGUUGGAAGAACUUCAUACUGCAAACUCAAGGAAUAGCAGAGUACUUGCACCGCAUGGAGACAGAGGAGGCCCAGGAAAUGGCCCAGAUGCCAGGCAGGGACAGCCCCCCUGCCAACGAAGUGUCCGAGGAUGCAGAGGAGCCCAUGGCUGUCCCUGAAGACCUGUCAGCCGGCUCCGCCCACCAGCAGAACAACAGAGGGGACAAAGCCUGUAACAUUAAAGUUGAGGCUCGCAGUGAUGAGGAGAAUGGGCUGGCCUGUGACAUGAAUGGCGUGGAGGAGGAGGAGUGUGCGGAAGACUUGCGCGUGAUCGAUGCCUCGGGGGCCAAGGUGAAUGGCUCACAGCCGAGCCCCGAAGCCAAGGCCUUCUCCUCGGCCGGCGGUAUCCGGCUGCCCAACGGGAAGCUCAAGUGCGAUAUCUGUGGGAUAGUUUGCAUUGGCCCCAAUGUGUUGAUGGUGCACAAGCGAAGCCACACUGGAGAACGCCCUUUCCAGUGCAGCCAGUGCGGUGCCUCUUUCACCCAGAAGGGUAACCUGCUGCGCCACAUCAAGCUCCAUUCAGGAGAGAAACCCUUCAAGUGUCAUCUGUGCAGCUAUGCCUGUCGACGGAGGGACGCCCUCACCGGCCAUUUACGCACCCACUCGGUUGGAAAACCGCACAAAUGUGCUUACUGUGGCCGCAGUUACAAGCAGCGCAGCUCUCUCGAGGAGCACAAGGAGCGGUGUCACAACUACCUCCAGUACAUGGGGCUGCAGAACAGCGUCUACACAGUAGUAAAGGAAGAAAGCAACCAGAAUGAGCAGAGGGAAGACUUAAGCCAGACCGGAUCUGACAGAGCCUUGGUGCUAGACAGACUAGCUAAUAAUGUAGCUAAACGUAAGAGCACUAUGCCACAGAAGUUUGUGGGUGACAAACGUCUGUCAGACCUCUCCUACGACGGAGGAGCAGGCGAGCUGAUGCAGCCCCACGUCAUCGACCAGGCCAUCAACAGUGCCAUCAGCUACCUGGGGGCCGAGUCACUCCGGCCUCUGGUCCAGACCUCCCCAGCCUCCUCUUCUGACGUGGGCCUCAGUUCCAUGUACCCUCUCCACAAGCCUGCACCUGAAGGCCACGCGGGGACGGGCCACAGCCUGUCAGCCAAAGACAGUGCAGCUGAGAACCUGCUGCUGCUCUCCAACUCCAAGUCUGCCUCCAGUGAGAAGGAUGGCUCACCCAGCCACAGCGGCCAGGACUCCACCGACACCGAGAGCAACAAUGAGGAUCGUCCGGGCGGGGCGUCCACUGGUCUCAUCUACCUGACCAAUCACAUCACCUCGGGGGUGAGAAACGGCGUGCUCCCUUUGGUGAAGGAGGAGCAGCAGAGGCAGUACGAGGCCAUCCGGGCCAGCAUGGAGAUGGCCUCCGAGGGCUUCAAGGUGGUGACGGCGGAAGGGGAGCAGGUGAGGGCGUACCGCUGCGAACACUGCCGCAUUCUCUUCCUGGACCACGUCAUGUACACCAUUCACAUGGGCUGCCACGGCUUCAGAGACCCCUUCGAGUGCAACCUCUGCGGUCACCGGAGUCAAGACCGGUACGAGUUCUCUUCUCACAUAACGCGAGGAGAGCAUCGCUUCUGAGCCCCGUCCACCGGGGAACACACACACACACACACACACACACACACACACACACACACACACACACACACACACACACACACACACACACACACAGACAAACAGGUGUAUAUAUGAAAAAAAAUGCCACACACACUCACUCAUAGACAUACACCUGAAACAAAUAUUUAGACAAACAAAAUGUAAAAUACACUGUUGAUGUCUGAAAGUUGUGUUUUUUAUACAAAGUAUGCAUGUUUAUUGAACACAGAUAAAUGUGUACAACUAUUCAAAAAAUCCAUUUAUUUUCAUUCUCAAAAGAAAGACUAGUUAUUCAUUCUGUUACUCAUUUGUCUUUUUUAAAGAAACAAAAUAUUGUCCAGUGAGGAUGACACAGCUGAGGUACUGUGCCACUUCAUACAUAAGUAUUAAAUCAUAUACUCACAGUUGCCACAUGUAUAAAAUGUAUAAACGUGACUUUUCUUUUGGAAAACCAGGCAGCAACUUUUUUUUUUCCAGUUUUGAAAUAGAAAAGAUUUGUGUCCUUUCAUUUACACAUCUUUGUCGUGAAGAGUCUGAUAUGCCCGUAAAAAGAUUCUGCUCUGCAGCUGUUCUCGGCGCAGGAAAACCUACUUUAAUGUCGGUAGCAAAUGCAAUCAAUAAGAACUUAACAAUCAGUGUAGAUAACUUCACAUUUCCCUCCAAAGUUUCAACCUGUUCUUGUAUGUGUAACAACCUACAUAUUAUUUAUAUCACAUUUACACUCCUGUCUGUUUUUGUAUUUAUUAUAAUGAUCGUUGUUUGUCGGUAGGGUAGUUAAAAGGAAGUUGCAUCUUUUUCUGUUCAACUGUACUUAAUGUAUUUGAGGUGAAAACAUGACUACUGCUGCUGGAAGCUAUUUUUGGUUUUGUCAUGAGAAAAUGUUAUCCUGCAUUUUUUGUUUUGUACCUGAUGGCUAAGAGUCUCGCUCACAAAAUGAAAGUGAGCCAUGUCAAGGGAGCUUUAUGCUUGCAAAAUAUCAAUAAAGGAUAUUUUAUAUAUGCACAAAGA